UACUAGUGGUGCUAUUUUCGAAGCGCGCAAUGAUAAUAAAAUAAAAAAAAGAUACGACGAACCUUAGUUAAACGAAGCUUUGUUCGCAAACAAUAGAUAAUACCACGAUUUAGUUUUUAAGUAUCAAACAGUACUUAUUAUAAACGCAUCUGAAUGAAUUUUAUGAAACUUUUACAAAUAUAUAUAAAAUUUCCUAAAAUGAUUGUUUUAUUGUUUUAUAUAUACAUAAGUUGUAUAUCACUAUCACAGACUGCUGAAAAUAUAGUAUUAGUUGUUACUGAUGAUUUGGAUAUAUUUCUUGAUGGAAUGACACCAAUGACAAAUACAUUGAAUUUAAUUGGAAAACAAGGAGCAACAUUUACAAAUUGUUUUGUUGCUACACCUGUUUGCUGCCCAAAUAGAGCUUCUAUUUUAACUGGCAAAUAUCAACAUAAUCAUUUGGUACUAAACAAUUCUAUUUCUGGCGGUUGCAAUAGCAUUCAAUGGCAAAGACUGCAAGAACCAAAUACCUUUGGAGCACACUUAAAAAGGGAGAUGUUGUACACAACUUUUUAUGCAGGGAAAUAUUUAAAUCAGUAUGGGGGCCAUGCAGUGGGUGGAACUGCUCACGUGCCAGAAGGAUGGGACUGGUGGGCUGGUCUUGUUGGUAAUUCAAGAUAUUAUAAUUACUCUUUAUCCAUAAAUGGAACCGAGAAGAAGUUUGGUGAUAAACCAAAUGAAUAUCUGACAGAUGUAAUUAAUGAUUUGGCAAUGGAAUUUCUUAAAACUCGUAAUGUAGAUAAUCAACCAUUUCUAAUGGUUCUAACACCACCUGCACCUCAUGCACCUUUUACACCAGCAGUGAGACAUACUGAUAAAUAUAAAGAUGUAAAAGCUAAAAGAACACCUAAUUUUAAUACACUAACACAAACAGAUAAACACUGGUUAGUACAACAAGGACCAUCUCCACUUCCUGAUAAAUUACUGCCCAAGUUGGAUGACAUAUACAGAAGAAGAUGGGAAACAUUAUUGGCUGUAGAUGAGCUUAUAACAAAUAUAUAUCAAGCUCUAAAAUCGCAAAAUCUUUUAAAUAACACUUACAUGAUAUUUACAUCUGAUAAUGGAUAUCAUAUUGGUCAGUUCAGUAUGCCUAUAGAUAAACGUCAACCGUAUGAAACUGAUAUUAGGGUUCCAUUGUUAAUUCAAGGCCCUGGAAUUACACCAUCCAAAAUUUCUGCACCUGUUAGUACCGUUGAUUUGUUUGCUACAAUUCUAGAAAUAGCUGGUAUUCAACUACCAUCCGAUGGAGCCUCUUUGUUAAAAAAAACAUUGCCAGAAGAUAGAACACUGUUAGUAGAAUAUAGGGGAGAAAGAUCUGACGACCCUCCCUCGGGUUGUCCAAGUGAUAGUGAUCCAAAUGUUGCAUUAUGCAACAAGGACCUGGCAUGUAAAUGCCAAGAUACUGUAAAUAAUACUUUCACUUGUAUACGACGUAUGUCUCCGCAGUACAAUAACAUUUUCUGCGUCUUCGAUGACGAUAAGCAUUUUAUCGAAGCAUAUAACAUAACAACGGAUAAUUUUCAAAUGAAAAACGUUGGAUACAGCAUGAAACGUCAUCAUAGAUAUAAAUUCAGAAAGUGCCUGAAAAAAAUGAGCACUUGCAAAGGGGAAGAAUGUGUGCUUACAAAUAUGGAAGACAUGUAUAUGUGAUACCCAUUUUUCGAAGAAAGAACAAUAUCCUCGGCACUAUAUACGCUGUAUCCUUUUAUAAUACUGAACUAAAUACUCUUUUUAAAGCAUGUAUCGUAAAAUAAAAAUAUACAUUUAUUAUUUGAAA